GCUUUCUCAAAAUGAACACAAGCACGUGUCAAAUUCGUCUCUCCUCUCCAUUCAUCAUUUUACGCAUCUAAACAACACAUCCCGGACCGGUCCCGUGCGUAAAGAACGUGCGCAACGGGAGAAACUGAUGAUGGGUCAGAAAAAAUGACGAGGGAAAACACUGGGCGGAUUACCAGGAUUGGAUGGCACGAGUGAUGCAAUCCCUGCAUCCUCCGAAGCCCUAACCGGAUCGCGGAGAAUCUGGCCGGAGAUUUCGCCUCACCGACUUUCAUUUAUGACAAUUACUACCUUUACCGAGCGAGCCCACUUUUAACAAGUGCCUCUCCGUUACGAGUGUUUUUUUUCCCCCUCCACGCCCGCGGAAUAGGAUCUAAACACCAUCAACAUCAAUGGAAGGAGCACGAAAUCUUAAUGCCAAUUGUUGAACGAGUGAUGUAAGUCAACCAAUCGCGCUAAUUACGAGCAUUUAUCAAUGCAUAUUUAAUCGUGACUUUAUUAAAGCGUCGGUUUGGUUUCUGUCAUUUGUUGCAGCGCAGCUUUGCACGUCGUGAAGCACGACCUUUGCUUCGAGGUGCACCCCGGAGAAUUGCGUAUCGACUCUUUUUCGCGUCUCGUUUUAAACCGAAGCAGUCGGUUGCAUCCUCUAUAUUAGGUGCUUGAUCGGUUUUCCAUUCAUCUUGGAUUUUUUUUUAACCGUGCAAAACCUGCAGGGAAAUAAUUUACCGUCGCAUACCUUUUAAUAUCCACCAUGAAUUACCUGCGACGACGACUAUCGGACAGUAAUUUCAUGUCCAACUUGCCUAAUGGCUACAUGAGCGAUUUACAGCGGCCCGAUCCGCCGCAGCAGAGCCCAGCCCCGGUGCUCUCUCCGGGUUCUCAGGAGAGGCGUCAACCCCCCAGCCAGUCUACCGGCGCCGGCUUCUUUUCUUCCAUCUCCAACGCCGUCAAACAGACCACCGCCGCCGCCGCCGCUACCUUUAACGAGGCCACCGAGAGAGGGAUCGGCUCGGGCAACGCCAAGACCCUCCUGGUCAUUGACGACCAGCAGACAGACUGGGCAAAGGUGUUCAAAGGCAAGAAGGUUCAUGGUGAAUUUGACAUCAAAGUAGAACAGGCCGACUUCUCUGAGGUUAAUCUGGUAGCUCACGCAACGGGAAGCUACAGCGUGGACAUUGAGGCCAUCCGCAAUGGCAACAAAAUCACAAAGUGUUUCAAGCCAGAUUUUGUGCUGGUGCGACAGCAUGCUUUUAGUAUGGCCAAGAAUGGAGACCACAGAAACAUUGUGAUUGGGCUUCAGUAUGCCGGUCUGCCCAGUGUCAAUUCCCUUCACUCCGUCUACAACUUCUGUGACAAACCAUGGGUGUUCGCUCAGUUGUCCAGAUUGUUCAAGCAGUUGGGUCCAGAGGAGUUCCCACUGAUCGACCAGGUUUAUUACCCCAACCACAAGGAGAUGAUCACCACACCUGGCUUUCCUGUGGUAGUGAAGAUGGGUCAUGCUCACUCUGGCAUGGGAAAGGUAUGA